AUGACAAGAGACGCAGAGGCGGAGAUCAAUCUGCCGCCGGGUUUCCGCUUCCAUCCCACCGACGAGGAGCUCGUCGUGCACUACCUCUCCUGCAAGGCCGCAAAGGGGAAACCCCCCGUCUCCAUCAUCGCAGAGGUCGAGCUGUACAACUACGAUCCGUGGGAGCUCCCAGGUACGCCACCGUAACGCACCCUAAAAUGCAGGCUCUCGCCGGAGGCUGACAGAGCUCUUCUUUCUGGUUUUUUUCUCGUGGUUGAGCAGAGAAGGCGCUGUUCGGGAAGAGAGAAUGGUACUUCUUCACGGCCAGGAACCGGAAAUACCCGAACGGGUCGAGGCCCAACAGGGCCGCCGGGAAUGGGUACUGGAAGGCGACCGGCGCCGACAAGCCUAUCACGCCGGCGGGGAGCUCGAAGCCCCUCGGCAUUAAGAAAGCUCUGGUCUUCUACUCCGGCAAGGCGCCUAAGGGCGUCAAGAGCGACUGGAUCAUGCACGAGUACCGGCUGGUGGAAGCCACCGGCAAGAAGGGUGGCUGUAGCAUGAGGGUACGCCACAAAGUCCUCAUUCUCUCUCUCUCUUCUCUAUCUCUUAUCUUUCGUCCGAUUUGAAUCGGGAGGAACAUGUAUGAAGGAGAGAGUUGGUUCUUGCAGCUAGAUGACUGGGUACUCUGCCGCUUGUACCACAAGAAGAACAACAAGGCGCCAAUGCUCCGCCAGGAUGAGACGGCAGAGCGCACGGCUCCGGCGAGAGUGAGAACGCUGGAAUCGGACGUCGACGAUGAGCCUUGUUCAAGUCACGACAGCCCAUGUAACCCCCAUGGCUUCGCGGAGGCAACGAAAGUCAACGACGACUGGUUCGUGGAUUUGAAUAUCGACGAUCUGCAGACCGCAUUGACGGCCUUCCCCGAGGCAGCGCCGCCGCACGAGGACAUGUCCUGCCAGGACUACUUUAUGUGGGGCCUUACUUCCCCAUACCUGAGACCCAACCUGCCCACCUUUUGA